AUGAUUGCGCCCCCCCACCCCACCCCACACACGCCCACAUAUACGCACACAGGCGGUACGCUGGGUCGGCAGCCCUUCCGGGCCCUAGCGACUGCCGCUCCUGCGGUGGCCUCGGCAGCCGCCACCGCCGCCGCCGUCCCCGUCGCCAUUGUGGAGAAGGCCCACGGCUUCACGCUGCAGCGCCAGCAAUACGUCAAAGAGUACGGCAGUCAUGUUCUGCUGUACAAGCACGACAAGACGGGCGCCGAGCUGAUCAGUGUGUUGAACAGCGACUUGAACAAGACGUUCGGUGUGGUGUUGCGCACGCCGGUGGACGACUCCACGGGUAUCCCCCACAUCCUCGAACACAGCGUGCUGUGCGGCAGCAGGAAGUACCCCAUAAAGGAGCCUUUUGUCGAGCUGAUGAAGAGCUCCCUGAACACCUUCUUGAACGCCUUCACCUACCCCGACCGCACCUGCUACCCAGUGGCGUCCACAAACACGCAGGAUUUUUACAACCUGGUGGAUGUGUACCUGGACGCCGUGUUCCACCCGCGCUGUGUGUCCGACCGACGAGUGUUCGAGCAGGAGGGCUGGCACUUCGAGCUCGACAGCAAGGAGGAGCCCCUGACCUUCAAAGGUGUGGUGUUCAAUGAGAUGAAGGGCGUCUACUCCUCCCCCGACUCGAGGUUCUACCGCAUCGUGCAGCAGGCGCUGUUCCCGGACAACACCUACCGACACGACAGCGGUGGUGACCCCGAGGUAAUCCCCGAUCUGACCUUUGAGCAGUUCCAGCAGUUCCAUGCCAAGUACUACCAUCCCUCCAACGCCAGGUUCUGGUUCUACGGUGAUGAUGACCCGGUUAAGCGACUGGCGCUGCUGGACGCCUACCUGUCCGAGUUCGAGCGCAGGGAGGUGGACAGCAGCGUGGAGACGCAGAAGCUGAUGCACACGCCGCGCCGGGUUACCGAGCACUAUGCUGCGGGUGACGGCGAGGAGGGCGAGCAGAAGGCCUACGUGGGCGUGAGCUGGGUGCUGUCCGACACCCCCCUCGACGUGGAGACGGAGCUGGCCCUGGGCUUCCUGGACUACCUGAUGCUGGGUACCCCCGCCGCCCCCCUGCGUAAGGCCCUUAAUGACAGCCGGCUGGGCGCGGCGGUGAUCGGAGGCGGCGUGGAUGACGACCUCAAACAACCCUGCUUCACGCUGGGUCUCAAGGGGGUCGACCCCGCGGAUGCGGAUAAGGUGGAGGCGCUGAUCACCUCCAAGCUGGAGGAGCUGGCCGUCAGCGGGUUCUCCGCCUCGGCCAUCGAGGCUGCAGUGAACACCAUCGAGUUCAGCCUGCGGGAAAACAACACCGGGUCGUUCCCGCGGGGGCUGUCACUCAUGCUGCGGGCCGUGGGCGCGUGGAUCUACGACCGGGACCCGUUCACGCAAAUGCAGUGGGAGGACGCUCUGUCCUCUUUCAAGUCCAAGCUGGCAUCCGGUCAGGACGUUUUCGGUCCCCUCAUCCGCUCCUUCCUUCUGGACAACCGGCACCGGGUGACCGUACAGCUGCUGCCCGACCCCGCGCUGGCAGCGGCCACGGAGGCCAAGGAACGGGCGCGGCUGGAGGCGGUCAGGGGAACCAUGCAGGAUGAGCAGCUCGAGGCUGUGGUUGAGAACACAUCCGCGCUCAAGGAGCUCCAGGAGACUCCCGACCCGCCCGAGGCGCUGGCGUGCAUCCCCGCACUGCAGCUGUCCGACAUUCCCCCCACGAUUACCAAGGUGCCCACAUCCUCUAAGGCCCUGGCUGAUGGCGCCACUUUGCUGGCACAUGACCUCUUCACCAACGCGGUGCUGUACCUUGAGGCCGCCUUCGACCUGCGCCCGGUUCCCUCCCGCCUGCUGCCGCUGGUCCCCUUGUUCUGUCGCAGCCUGACCCAGAUGGGCACCAGCAGCGAGAGCUUCGUCGAGCUGACGGAGCGCAUCGGUCGCAAGACCGGCGGCAUCUCCAUCUAUCCUUUCACCUCGGCUGUGAGAGGCAAGGAGCAGCCCGUGGCGUAUAUCAUGGUCCGCGGCAAGGCCAUGAGCGGCAAGUUCGGUGAUAUGCUGGACCUGAUGCGGGAUAUCCUGCUGACCGCCCGACUGGAUGACAGGCAGCGGUUUACGCAAAUGGUGGCGGAGACCAAGGCAUCCAUGGAGAGUGGCAUCAUCUCGGGCGGGCACUCGUACGCGGGCAAGCGGCUGGCGGCGCAGCGCGGCCUGGCGGGUGUCCUCUCCGAAACCAUGGGCGGCCUGUCGUACUUGGAGUUCAUCCGCGGCCUUGCCAAGAAGAUCGAGACGGAUGACGGCUGGCAGGAGAUCAAGUCCGACCUCGAGGCCAUUCGCUCGGCUCUGCUGCAAAGGAACGGCGCUAUCGUCAACAUGACGGCCGACUCCGCCACGCUGGCCGCUGCGGAGGGCCCCGUGUCGGACUUCCUGUCGGCCCUGCCCGCGUCCUCGGCCGCCCUCUCCUCACAAUCCUUGACCAGCUCCUUGCUGCUGCCCCGGACCAACGAGGCGCUGUGCGUGCCGACGCAAGUUAACUACGUGGCCAAGGGCGCCAACUUGUUCUUGGAUGCGGGCUACGAGCUCAACGGCAGUGCCUACGUGGUGGAGAAGUACCUGGGCAACACGUGGCUUUGGGACCGCGUGCGAGUCGUGGGAGGAGCGUACGGAGGAUUCUGCUCCUUCGAUUCGCAUUCGGGCAUGUUCACGUACAUGUCGUACAGGGAUCCCAACCUGCUCGACACGCUGGAGGCGUACGACGGCUCCGCCGACUACCUGCGCUCUCUACAACUGACCAAGGACGAGCUGACCAAGGCCAUCAUCGGCACUAUGGGCGACAUUGACGCCUACCAGUUGCCUGACGCUAAGGGCUACUCAGCACUCGUACGGCACAUGCUGGGGGUGACGGAUGAAGAGCGCCAGAUUCGCAGGGACGAAAUCCUGAGCACCUCCAACAAAGAUUUCAAAGCCUUCGCUGAAGCCAUCGAGUGCGUCCGCGGCGCCGCUGGGCGAGUGGUGGCAGUCACUUCACCUGAGAAGGCCAAGGCAGUGCUGGAGGAGCGACCCGACUUCUGGGACGUCAAGAAGGUGCUGUGAUCUCUAGGAGCAGCGCAACGCAAUACUACACAGCGGGGUUGUCAGACGCACUUUGGCGG